ACGAAGCACACAGCAGGUCAACAAGAAGGAGGAGGAGGAGGAAGAGUCACUACAAGAAGAGGAAGGCUGCAGUGUUGCUGCCCUGGAAAAAAAGAUGUCUGUGGAGCUCUUCUCUGCGAGUCCUCCCGCUGGGAACAAUGAGAGUCUUCAAGCCAACAGAGUGGGAGGAAGUAAACCUCUACAUCGCUUCAUGAAGGCACAACCUCAGAGUGUUGGAGUGGCUGUCGUGAUUUUAGGAGUAUCUUUCAUCAUUGCGUCCAUUAUUAUGGCAGUAGAUCAUCCCGCUCACCAUUUGUGGCGAAUCACCCCGCUGGGAUACAUCACUGGAAUAAAGUUUCUCGCAUGUGGCGUUCUGUAUAUCAUCACAGAACACAACCCAACCAAGAAAACUGUGACAGCAUCCUUGGCUGUCAGCAUCGUGACCGUCAUAUUCUCAAGUGUGAUGAUUUUUUUCCUCAUUCCCAACAUUCAAAACCAUCAUUUUAUAAGGGGUUUUCACAUGUAUUACAUGGACAACACGACUACUAUCGAGGAGGACACAUGGGUGUUACAUGCUGAAGCCCUUGGAAUGACAACAGAAGCCAUCUUCAUAUUCUAUAUGUUUGUUGGUCUAAUUAUUGUGUUGGUGAUGUCGGUGCUGGCUGGAGCUGCUCUGCGUUCCACCAAGUCUCAGGCCACUGUAGUGUUUUCCACUAUCAACGCUCAAACACCUGAUCAAUAACACCAUCAAGAUUUCAUCUUAGAACCUACGCUAGGAUCCUGUUUGUGGACUUCAGCUCUGCCUUCAACACCAUCCUCCCUGGACUGCUACGAAACAAGCUCUACCAGCUCAGCGUGCCCGACUCCCUCUGCAGUUGGAUCAAUGACUUCCUGACAGACCGAAG